AUGGGGGAAAGCAAUGUGACCAGAAUUUCCACAAUCCAUCUCUUAGGAUUUCAGACCCCACACAAUGUUAAAUGUUUGGUGUUUUUUAUUUUGCUUAUGCUUUAUUGUGUUACACUUUGUGGAAACCUCCUGAUUAUCUCAUUGGUGUCCUACAGUAAAACCCUCCAGUCUCCCAUGUACAUCUUCCUCUCCCAGCUCGCUAUGUCAGAUAUCAUACAGGCAACUGAUAUUCUUCCUAACACGUUCCGAACAGUUUUGAUGAACGAUACCAUUAUGUCGUUUUCUGAUUGCCUCUCCCAGUUUUAUUUCUGUUGUGCUAUGUUAAUAUUGGAGUGUCUCCUUCUAACUGAUAUGUCUUAUGACAGAUAUUUGGCCAUCUGUAAACCAUUACAUUAUAGUUUGAUAAUGAACCCCCGCUGUUGCUGUAUUUUGAUUAUUACAUGUUGGACGUUAAGUUUUGUAAUGGUGGUGGUGCAUACUUUUAAUAUAUCUCAAUUGCAAUUUUGUGGUCCCAACAUUAUUGACCACUAUUUUUGUGACCUUGUUCCAGUUCUUAAGCUUUCCUGUUCCAGUACUGCAAUUAUUGAACUAGAAGCAACGUUGAUAACUUUUUUCUUUGGUGUCAUUCCAUUUUUCAUUAUCAUUGUAUCUUAUAUUAUUAUCAUAGUCACCAUUCUUAAAAUCCCAUCUAUUACUGGAAGGAAGCAGGUUUUCUCUACAUGUAGUUCCCACCUGACUGUUGUCUGUGUCUAUUAUGGAAACCUAGCCUUUGUUUAUUUGGUACCCAGUGGAGGACAGGUACCCAGUGGAGGACAGUCGGAGAACAUUACUAAGUACUUAUCACUGUCCUAUACUGUAGUCACUCCACUGGUAAAUCCUCUUAUAUACACUUUAAGGAAUAAAGACCUGAAAAAAGUCUUGAACAGUUCCUUUUACAAACUUUGGUUUAUGAAUGUUAUUAGAAACAAAAAUUGCUCUUAA